AGUAAAUGGGGCGUAUAUAUUGUGUGUGGAAGCAAAUUCGUUCCAAUUGCACUGAUCAAGAUGAAGACAUACCUUGUUGGUAUCCUUCUGCUGAACGCCUGCCUUGUGAUUGCCCAAGACAGGGAAAAGUGCAAGAGAAACAUUUUGUCGAGACUAGUGAAAGUUAGUGGAAGUGUGCUGUCUUGCAAGUACCGCUGCCUGUGGACUCGGAAUCAGUACGAAUACGAAGAUGACGGAACGCCCUGUCUUCUAGGAUUGCUGCGCCACGGUGUGUGCUACAACGGAAACUGCGUGAAACAGCUUCCGCAUCCUGCGGACAAAUAUUACGAGACGACUGAAGCCGCCGGUGGCGAACGCGUUCCUACUGCUGUAGAGACAGGAGAAACUACGGGAAAAUAUUAUGAGACGACUGAACCCGCCGAGGACGAACGCUUUCCUACUACUGUAGAGACAAGAGAAACUACGGAAAAAUAUUACGAGACGACUGAACCCGCUGACGACAAACGCGUUCCUACUACUGUAGAGACAAGUGAAACUACGGACAAAUAUUACGAGACGACUGAACCCACCGACGAGGAACGCGUUCCUACUACUGUUGAGACAAGAGAAACUACGGACAAAUAUUACCAGACGACUGAACCCGCCGACGAGGAACGCGUUCCUACUACUUUUGAGACAAGAGAAACUACGGACAAAUAUUACCAGACGACUGAACCCGCCGACGAGGAACGCGUUCCUACUACUGUUGAGACAAGAGAAACUACGGACAAAUAUUACCAGACGACUGAACCCGCCGACGAGGAACGCGUUCCUACUACUUUUGAGACAAGAGAAACUACGGACAAAUAUUACGAGACGACUGAGCCCGCCGACGAGGAACGCGUUCCUACUACUGUUGAGACAAGAGAAACUACGGACAAAUAUUACGAGACGACUGAACCUGCCGACGAGGAACGCGUUCCUACUACUGUUGAGACAAGAGAAACUACGGACAAAUAUUACGAGACGACUGAACCCGCCGACGAGGAACGCGUUCCUACUACUGUUGAGACGAGAGAAACUACGGACAAAUAUUACGAGACGACUGAACCCGCCGACGAGGAACGCGUUCCUACUACUGUUGAGACGAGAGAAACUACGGACAAAUAUUACGAGACGACUGAACCCGCCGACGAGCAACGCGUUCCUACUACUGUUGAGACAAGAGAAACUACGGACAAAUAUUACGAGACGACUGAACCCGCCGACGAGGAACGCGUUCCUACUACUGUUGAGACAAGAGAAACUACGGACAAAUAUUACCAGACGACUGAACCCGCCGACGAGGAACGCGUUCCUACUACUUUUGAGACAAGAGAAACUACGGACAAAUAUUACGAGACGACUGAGCCCGCCGACGAGGAACGCGUUCCUACUACUGUUGAGACCAGAGAAACUACGGACAAAUAUUACGAGACGACUGAACCCGCCGACGAGCAACGCGUUCCUACUACUGUUGAGACAAGAGAAACUACGGACAAAUAUUACGAGACGACUGAACCCGCCGAUGAGGAAAGCCCUAGUUAUACUGUACAAACGGAAUACAGCACAGCAUAAAAUAUACGGAACAUACGCGUAAAAGACGACCGAGUAGAAUAAGUAAAUGUUCGAAGGAGUUCUUGAAGCAAACAGCUUAUGUUCAAAAUAUGGCUGAUAAUAAACUGAAUAAAUACA